CGCACACGCACACACGCACAGCCAUUCCAUACGCAUCCGCAAGAUGAGCACCGCGGUUUCCUCCGCAUCGUCCUCAACCAUCUCGUUUGGGGACAAUGCCGCUGCGGCCAGCGACGCCGCUGCGGCGGCCCUCGCCGCGGCCAAGGGCUCCAGCCGCCUGGCCACCACCAUCGAGGUGACCUUCGUGCAGAGCCUGACCACCACGGCCGACAACCUCCGGGCCACCGGGGCCAGCUGCACGGCCACCAUUGCCUCCUUCUCCUCGACCAGCACCUAUCGCCACGACCCCAACCAGUUCCGCUGGUCGCGGUACCCGGUGUACCAUGACUUCCUGCGCAACGCCGCCCAGGUGGCCGGGUUCCUGAGCGGGCGCUGCGGCGACCUGUUGGCGGUCUUCCGGCGGCUGUCCCCGGCAGCCGGGGCCACCGACGAGCCGGCCACUUCCGCCCCCAAGCGCCCGCUCUUCCUGCCGGUGCAUGUGCUCCACAGCCUGGAGAAGCACGCCAAGGAGAUGUCCUUCCUGACCAGCCACGCUCAGACCUUCUCGCAUACGGCCUGCGCCCACAUCAGCGAGCUGGGCAUCUUCGAUGAUGUCGGCGUCGGCCUGCUCCUGGCCCGGUGGCAUACCCUGGCCCAGGCGGCCACCCAGGCCCUGGUCCUGAUUGAGCACUUUGCCUGGCUGCUGGAUGCCCGGCUGCCGGAUCUCACCACCAAGCAGCUGCCCGGGCUGGCCUCCCCGGCCGGGCCCUACACCGCGCCGGACUUCUCCCCAGACGAGCUGGCCCUCAUGUCACCCGGGCUCAAGUCCCCGGCCAUCCAGGCCUUUGUGUCGUGGUCGCGCGAGCGCCGGCAGACCACCCUCCGCGAGCUCGAGCGCCAGAAGGAGCUCCUCCAGCAGUUCAUGCAGCAGACCGCUCGCGACGAGGCCCUGGAGGCCCCGGUCGACGAGGAGGACGACCACAAUGACAAGGAGCUCGACCCCCUGGGGAGCCUGUCCCCGGGCUGGGCCGUCGAUGGAUCGGCGCCGGCCGGGCCCGGGGCCGACCUCGACAGCGACUCCGACGCCGGGAGCAUCCUCCUGCAGGAGGUCGACUCGGACUCGGACGCGGACGCGGACGCGGACGCGGGCGCGGGCGCCGACUCGUCCCCCCAGCCGGGCCCCCGGCCGGCCGGCCGGCAGCCGGCGCCCAUCCCCACGCCGGGCAGCCCGCAGCCGGGCGCACUGCCAUCCACCGACAGGCUGGCCGCCACGCUGGCCGCCUCGGAGGUCCCCCACGUCGAGCACAUGACCUACCUGCAUUACCUGUCGCAGCCGGACGUCGCGGCCUUCUGGCAGCGGAACUUCGGCUGCCGGACCUUCGAGGUCCACUGUGUGGACUUCGUGGAGGCCCUCUCGCGCGAAUGGUUCUUCCGCCUGCUGCUGGCCGACACCCGGACCAACAUCCUGGAUGCCGUUCGCCAGCGCCUGGCGGCCGACUAUUGCAGCACCCCCCGGCGGGUGUCCAUCUUCCGCUUCGAGCGCCUGACCGCCGAGCAUGGGCUCUUCCCGGGGCUGUUGCUGCUCCUCCGGGCCCCGGAUGCGGCCCCGAUGCCGGAGCUGGCCCUGCUGCAGUUGAUGCCGGGGCACCUGCGCGCCGGGCGCCUCGAGCGCCUGACCGGGGCCUUCAUCCGCCUGCUGGGCAAGCUGGAGUCCAUCUCGGCCACCUCCCUGACCACCCCGAUCACCGAGGCCGAGAAGCAGGCCAUCGCCGACACCCUCGGCAGCGACCCCUUCCCCACCAUCAGCACGGUGCUGAGUGUGCACCCGGAGCCGGCCCCGCUGGCUCCCUUUUCCCAGGUGGCCGUGCCGGCCUCCUCGCCCUCCAUCUCGACCAUCAUCAAUCGCUCGCAGCAGUCCGGCUCCGGCGCCGGCGGGUCGGCCAUGGGCCCCGGCGGUGGGUCUGCCCCCGGACCCGGGGGGACAUUCCCCCCCGGGCCCGGGGGCGGGGGUGAUGCCGCCGCCGGCGGGUCGGCCUCCUCCGGCGAGCUGGCCGAGGUGCUGGACUUUUCCGACCUCUCACCGCACCUGACCCGGCAAUCGUUGCAAAUCGACGAGGCGGCCCUGGACCCGGCGGCCAUUCGCCAAGUCCCGGUGGAGGAUCUCCCGCACUUUUUGCACCACUUCCAACAGCGCCUGGCCCUGAUCGACUGCGUGGAGGCCCGGCUGGAUUCCUUCCACCUGCAGCUGCGGCGGCUCGUGCAGCAGGUCCUCCCCGGGCCGGAUGCCGGGACCCCGGUGCGGAAUUCCCUCAUGCGCAUGUUCAGCAUCGCCAAGUUGCCGGUCUACCUGGCGCACAUUCGCCUGCACGCGCGCUACAACAUGGCCCUCCUGCGCAGCAACAUCCUGGCCACGCAUGCCCGGCUGGAGGCCGAGAAGGCCGGCCUGCCGGCCCCGGUCCCGCUGGACCUCUUCGCCGACACGGAUACCCUUUCCACGGCCCGGGCCAGCGAUGGGCUGGCCUCCGGCAUGGGCCCCGACCCGGGCCACGGCCAGCCGGACCCCGCCACGGGCCACAUGUCGGCCGAUCGCAUGGACCAGGUGCUGCUCUCGCUGCGGGACCACAUGCUGGCGGCCACGACGCCGAUGCGGGAGCUGGCCCGGCUGGCCCCGGCCGCCGGUGGGGGGGCCCCCUCCGGCGCCGGGCCCACCCUGGCCGAGCUGCAGAGCCUGCGCCUGCGCCGGCAUCCCGGCGUGGCGGAUGCCCGCGGCGCCGGGAGCCUCUUCCGGUCGGACGGCCCGCUGAGCGCCAGCCUGGCCCCCAUCAACUUCGAGUACAGCUCGGCCGGCCUGCGCACGCACGAGCACCAGGCCAUUCGCCGGCUGGUGCGGUUCAUGGAGGACAACCCGGCCCCCGGGCUCGGGGACCCGAUCAAGGUGGCCGAGCGCUUUGACCACCUCCCCCGGGGGGAUGUGCACUUUUACACCCGGGCCUCGUUGGUGUCCAUGCCCCGGGCCCUGCCCAUGGUGUCGCAGGUGUUCCUCUUUUCGGCCGGCAUCGGCUUCCACCGGAGCGUCUUCCCGGCGGCCGCCAAGCGCAUCCUCAUCCCCUAUGCCGAGAUCGCCACCGUGGCCCGGGUCAAUGUCAUCCCCACGCGCCUGCAUGCCCUCGAUGUGACCCUGCAAAAUGGCCAGCGCUAUUCCUUCGCCAAUCUGGAAAACCGCGACGACAUCUACACCCUGAUCUUCUGCCGGAUCCGUCGCAUCAACCAGCUGAAUCACCGGGACUUCAUGCUCUACAGCUCCGGGCUGCUGGACUGCGUCGAGGUGUUCGAGCACCAGCGCUACUCCACCCUCAAUGGCUACUCCGCGGCGCACCUGCUGGAAACCGAUCCGGCCGAGUUCACCGAUGUCCUCGGCCAGCCGGUCAUCAUCGGCCAGAUCCGCUCCGCCGGCGGCGCGUGGCACUGGAUCACCCCCUGGCAGGUGGACGACGCAUUCGAGUCCCAGGCCGACGGGUGGAUGUACGCCACGGACUUCAGUGCCAGCGCCUCGUGGGGCGAGGAGUCCCUCAACACCAUGGUCCGCCGGCGCCGGCACUUCCGCAAGAUCCUUCGUCUGCCGACGGCCAAGUCCGGUGCCAUCAUCCGCGAGCCCACCUCCCACCGUGACAUUCAGCUGUUCAAUGACGUUGGCAAACCCAUUGGCUACUUCCAGAACGUCAAGUAGACUCGCCCAUGCAUCUGGAAUGCCGUGGAAUACACACACACACACACACAC